UUAUGCUUCAUGGAUCCGCUUUUUUCGCUUCUUCACCAGCGUCCUAUAAGCUUUUCAGCUUCAGCUUUAGUUUUUUCCUCAAAACUUCAUUCACUCUCACUCUCUCUUAUCCCUUACUAAACACUACUACCAGUAUACUACUUCUUCUGUCAUUUUCACUCAGACUUUCUCAUUCUUGGAGUAAGCUUUUUGGACACAACCUUGUCUUGUCUUUAAAGAAGUUUUUUUUACUAGAUAUGGGCAAAGAAUGGUAUUGGGGUGGUAAUAGAUCCACCACCAACUCCAAGAGAGGAGUUGCAGAGAAAGAUACUUCUACUUCUGCUGCUACUCCUUCAGGUUGCAUGAGUGCCGUGUUUCAGUUCUUUGAUUUCCACCAUUUUCAGUUUCCUUUGCACCAACACCAACCUGCUUUCAAGCCUGACUCUUUCAUUCCUGAAGACCACACUAUUCUCAAAGGAGUAGAGGCACCGAGGAAUAGCUUGGAAUUAGAGGAGCCUCCAUUGUCAUCAACCAGCUGCUUUAAAGAAGAAGAAAAUUUAAACAUCUCAAUGGGUAUUCAAAUCAAAACAAGGAAAGGAGACACAAGAUCAAAAGUUGGAUCAGCUCCAACUGAUUCUUCUUCAGAAAUUAGCUCUUCUCCUGGUGCGAAGACUCCCAAUUUAGUAGCCAGACUGAUGGGCCUCGAUCUUCUUCCAGAUAGCCAUUCACCCUCUUCAACAUCGUUUCAUGGAACACCAAAUCUUCUGGCCAAGUCAAAUUUGCAUCGACCCAGACAACCCCCCCAAAACAAGCCAACUACCUGCCACAGAAAUUCUAUAGAUGGUCAUAUUACAGGCACUCGUUCUUUGCCUGAGACACCAAGAAUAUCUUCAGCCAGAAGAUCAGACGUGGACCACCACCGUCUUUCACUUCAAAUCAACAAAGAGAACAUGGGUGUGGGCGAAGAGUUUGACUUCUCUCGUUUCUCUUAUUUAAGGAGAAAAGAACUCAAACAAGAAGAUGAAUACAGAAGCCCGAGUCAUUAUGCAAGGCAAAUAGUGAAGCAAGUUAAAGAAAGUGUUAGCAGGAAAGUUGGACUUGACAUAACAAACACUCUAAAGAACAGGGAACAAGCAAGAGAUGAACUUGUUAGUAAAAUAAAGGCCAAGAAAAUAAGUUCCAGAGCGGCUUUAGCCAUCGUUGAUCAGUCCAGUCCAGGCAACCACCCAACACCUUCUUGCUCACCAAGGCUUAGUAGAUUCUUGGAAUCCAAACAGAAACCAACCACACCAUCCUCCAUUCUAAAAGACCACAACCACAUUCCACAUCAGCCACGAAAGCAAUCUUGUGCACCCUCCUCACAAACAAAUAAUAAUAAUCAGCCACAACCCAUCAAAGUUUUGUUAUCAAAGCCCAAGCUACAACCAGUGCAAGAGCAGCAGAAUGAGCAAAGACCCGCAAAGAAAUGCAAGAAAGCUCCGAGUGAAAGGUUCAGUCCCCGGCUCAGAAAGCCUCCUCAAACUUCGGACAUUAUUCGAAACAAGCAAGAAGAACCAUUUGUUCGUCCCUCCACAGCCAAUAGAGCCAAUAAUCCUGACAAGAAAUGCAAAAAAACUCCAUUGUCGAAUGAACUCCUCAAUAUCACCGUCCCUACUCUUCUUCCAGUCAAGAAAGAUCCUUCUCCUCCAGCAACCAAAAUACCUCAAAAACAGGUAUUAAAUGCUCAAAGCUCGAAACGGAGCUCACAGUUAUCUAAUAAUUCGAGCCAGACGUACAAACAAGAAGCGACGCAUAGGCUCAUUGCCCGAGACACCAUCGACGACAGAGCUAACAGUGUCACCAACACCACCGUGGGAGGAGCAUCAGAAUAUGAAUACGAGUACAUUACUAGAAUACUAAAACGUACAGGCAUUGACAAACAUACCCCAGUGUCCUUCAUUCAUUGGUUCUCUCCUUCUCAUCCUUUAAACCCUUCUAUUUUUCACCACCUCGAAAAUAAUGUCAACACCCACCAUCAUCAUCAUCAAUCUCUAUUAUCUCAUCAAUGUAACCGCAAGUUACUGUUUUAUUUAGCAGAUGAAAUUCUUGUUGAUAUAUUGAAGCCUUUUAUCAACAUGAAGCCAUGGAUUACAUCACAUGAUAAUGGAAGUCACAACAUGCACAUGCAAGGUUCAGAGUUAAUUGAAAAGUUGUGUUUGCAAAUCAAAAGUUUUCCAUGUGCAGAUUGUCGUGUUCUUGAAGACAUUGACUCAAUAAUAGAAAAAGAUUUGCCACAAAUGAAGGAACUGAAUGGUUUAGCUUUUGAAGAGGAAGGGGAAGGGUUGGUGAUGGAAAUAGAGAAGGACAUAUUAGACACACUCAUACAAGAAACGGCAGUGGAGUUUGGAAUAAUAAGGAGUUGAAGAAGUGAAAAACGGUGCGUUUUUUUGGUGAAUACGUCAGAGAGAGAAAUGGGGAGACAGGAAGCAGAGGGGUCACAUGGGUUAUUCACGUGAUGGGAUGCUAAUCGUCGGGGGGUUUGACACUUUGAUGGGGUCAAGCUGUUUGGGACUUGUAGGUUUUACAAAAUUGAAGAUAACGACUGUUACUCCGACAACACUUGCUUUCUCAUUCCUUCUUAAAAGACAAAAUUUGCAGAGGAAUCCAUUUCCUCCCUC